GGCAGCUGCUGUCGGUCUGUCGUGUACAGCCGUGUAAUGCAGACAGUGGAGUCGCAGUUGGCGUUUUCCUCGAUUCGUCCUUCCGCUUUGUGGACAGAACUGCUUUCUCGUCGAGACAUCUAUACGGGACGCUUCCUAGUGCCGCAUAUCAGUCGUCGCUGCUCCAGCAAUCCUCGUAAGUGGCCCCUUACUCAGCGGUCUUUCCCAGAGAAAGCACUAAGCGCCGACUGACCAGCCGACCUAAAAGAAUGGACACAGCCUGGGCCGAGUAUGGGGUGUUCGCGACCCUUAUGGUGGCCAACUUCACCCUGGGUCUCUACUUCUCAUUCCGACGGCGAAGCCUCAAGUCGACUGCUGACGAGGUGUUCCUGGGCAGCCGGACGCUACACUCGGUGCCGCUCGCGGUGUCCGCGCUCGCUUCCAUAAUGUCAUCCAUCGGCAUCAUAGGCAUAUCAGCGCACGUGUACGCCUACGGCACUCACAUGUUCUGGAAUCAAGUGCUGGUGCCCCUCAACGCGCUCAUCGUGGCGCAUGUCGUGGUGCCCGUCCUCUACCGUCUCAGGGUUACCUCCGUAUUCGAGUACCUUAGGAUGCGUUAUGGGGACAAAGUCGGACUCACCGCUUGCGUCCUGUACUUUUUUUUAAGCCAAACCAUGGGCGCCGUAGCGAUAUUUCCGGCAGCGGCAGCUGUUGCGACAAUUUUCGGCGUUUCAGCGAAUUGGUGCAGCUUUAUUAUCGGCUUAGCAGGCUGCAUUUACACUGCUCUGGGCGGUCUGAGAGGCGUUGUAUGGACUGAUUGCGCGCAGGCUGGCAUAGUGUUGCUGGCGCCAGCAACCAUUAUGAUCAAGAUUGCCUACGACGCUCAUAUGAAGGACUUGACCCUACGGCCAUUCAGUGACUUCGCUGUAAAAACUUUUAUGUUUGAAAGCAGCUUUGAUUUCACAAAGGAUGAAAACGUCUGGGCGUGCCUUAUAGGUCUGUCAACAAUGUACAUCUACAGAGGAGGUGUUGAUCAAAUGAUAGUGCAAAGAUUUCUCGCUUCUAGAAACCUCAAGGAAGCACAAAGGACCGCUGUUGUCGGAACAGUUCUCGUGCUGAUCUACUAUGGGGUUGCUUCGAGUCUCGGUGUGGCCCUCAUCUACUGGUUUCGCGAUUGUGAUCCAAUGCUGACCGGUGCGAUAACAUCCUAUGAUCAGAUUGUUCCCUAUUAUGUGAAGAAAAACCUCAACGAAUUUCCUUGCUUCUCAGGAUUGUUUCUUGCCGGCGUAGUGAGUGCCGCGACAAGCACGAUUUCGUCUCUGAUCAACUCUCAAUCGGCAAUCAUUUACGUCGAUAUCGCAGCACGAUACUUUAAAGUGGACGAAAAGCACUCGGCUGCAGUCACAAAAGGAAUAGCUCUCGUCAUCGGUGCAAUCAUGACAGCGUACGCUAUGGCAGCCCCUCACUUGGGAUCAGCUGCAAAGAUAAUCAUGGUGUUCUAUAACAGUGCAACAGGACCUUUUGUCGGCCUCUUUUUUCUGGCGGUUGUCUUUCCCUGGGCGAAUGGCAUUGGCGCCGCAGUUGCGACAACUUUGCUGAGCUGCCUGACAUUAUGGCAAGCAAUCGGGAAAACACUGAGCGGUGUGCGGUUUCCUAAGAUGCCCGUCACUACCGAAAUGUGCCCAGUCAACUUGACCCUGCCUGGUGUUCUCGUCAAUGAAGAGAGCAGCGUGAACCUCGACGAUCUGUUUCCCCUCUACAAAUUUUCAUCGUAUUGGAGUGGCUUUCUCAGCGCGGCUCUAACAAUAAUCCUUGGAUUGACGUUGAGCUUAAUAACAGGUGGACGCAAGCAGUACAACCAGAAUAUACCAUUAACUUCGGGCUUAUUUCUCACUUUGUGGAGGAAGCUUGGACUGAUCGACGAGACUGAGUCGGUAUGCGAGCCAACAACUUCCUUCCUGAAAAACACUGCCUGCAACGUUCCUCCAGAGAGAGAUGCUUCGACGGCUGUUUAAACUUAAUUUUACAUUAUCUGCAGUACUUCCAAGAAGCUGUACCUGUCAUCAAAACAAUAAAAAAAGAAAACGAAAGAAAAACGUUUUUGUAAUGACUCACUCUUUGUUAAACAUGAACAGAUGUGGGAAACUGUUCGGCGUGGUCAACAAAAAAAUAAAGACUGUGGUUUUAGGUACCAAAACCACGAUCUGAUUAUGAGACACG